CUCAAUACUGGGAGAGAAAGUAAGAAAGUCCCAUGGGAGUGAGCGAAAAGAAAACUUCUAAUUUAUUCCAGAAAGCGCUCAGGAAUUGUUUCUCCAGUGACUAGACGCCUCUGUAUCGGAUGGGCUGGAUAUUCUAGUAUGCAAGAGAAAACGCAGCUAGUGGUUAAUAUGUUUGCCAGAGCGACAAGAACCUAGUGGUUCUGUUUGAAGUUUCCAAUGUCUGUUGGCACGCUGCAGUCGAAUGGGAUGGGAGCCCCUCUCACAUCCGCGAUGCCCUUCCGCAUUCUUAACAAGGGCCCAGAGUACUUUAAACGCCAGAAUGAUGGUGGCAGCCGUAAACUAAGCGCAGUGGAGAGACUGGAGGCAGACAAGGCAAAGUAUGUCAAAAGCAAGCAUGUGGCAGCCAACAAACAAGAGCCAGUAAGGGCACCGCUGACCCGACAGCCUCUCUUUUCGCCAGGAGUCCGGAGAGUGCUCCUUACCCCAAAUCGCAAGGGCUCACCGACGUCCCAGAGAGCGGAAGGCAGGACAUCUAAAACUUCCCUUAACCUGGACAUACUCAAUAACCUAAUCAAUAUAUGUGACAGUCCUCUCACAUCUCCACGGGCAGACGUGUCACCCUGGCAAGAACUAGAGAAACCAAGGGAUCUGUCCAGGCCUGAGACUCCUUCCAGUCAUCGGGCACCCAGCACAUCAGCUGUGCGCAGAGUGGACGUCCGGCCUGGAGAAACCCUACGGCCACUUAAAGUUCCUGACGUGGUUGUAACUCCUGUGAUGGCCUCCCCUGCCAGGUCUGGUCUCCCCACUGAUCACCCUUUCCGUUCACCCUUGUGUUCACCAUUGUGUUCGCCAACGGACCCAGGAAAACGGCAGGCCACACUACAGCGAUCGAAGUCUGACCUGAGUGAUCGCUACUCAAGAGCUAGCGCUGAUCUGGAACGCUUCUUCAAUUACUGUGGACUGGACCCCGGAGAAGUGGCAACUAUUGGCGCAGAGCACUUUGCCCGGGCAAGCUCUGAUAUAGUGUCUCUUAAGUUUCACAGCGUCAGUGCGGAGAGCUCUGAAUGCGCCCAAUCACAGUUCAGUGCAGUCACCCCUGAAGAGACCCCAGCAUCGCGUAACCCUUAUGGCAUUUCAAUUAUCGAAAGAAAUGCCAGGGUGAUCAAAUGGCUGUAUGGACUUCGGCAAGCUAGGGAUGCCCAAAAGAUGCCAAUGUAACGGGAGUAGCAGGAAUCUAAAAGUACUGGCUUAUCAGACCUCUGAAUAGUACAUCUUUGGCUUUGGGAGUAUUAAAGUUCUUUAGGAUUCUCACCUGUCUGGUUCCUUCACUAGGAUUGUAUAUAAAGGUGUUUAACACAGCCGACAUUCAUUGGAGUCUCAAAUCAAGGAAUUGUACCGUAUACUAGGCUUCCCUUUUCCUGUACACCUGUCUUUAUAGGAUUGCCCUGCCCUGCAUUAAGUGUACUGCUUUGUACAGGAGUGCUGAGUCCUACACACUGCUUUGGCCAGUGUUGCUGCUUAUCUGAGUGCCGAAUGCCCCGGGGGCUGUAAGAAAGACUUUACUGCAUUAUCGUUCUCUACUCUUGCAUGCUUGAACUGGAACUAUCAAUGCUAAUGUGAAUUUUUUUUAUUUUUUUUUAUUUAGAUGUUCUCCUGGAAUUUAUUUACUAAACACAGAAUUGCAGUGCAUUCAAAAUUCAAAUGCAAAAUAUAGACACAGUUUAAAAAAAUAAAAUAAAAUGCAACUUGGCUAUGUUCGCAGUUUAGUGACUACAUUUUUCAGUUUGUUAUUCAUUUCACUGCAAUUUUCUGUCUAGUACAUAAAUCUGCUUAAAUAAACAGGGUUAUCCACUAAAACUUGAAUUGCUGCACAUUAACCUGGGAAUUGCAAAUUUAGGCCUGAAAGAAUAGUUGAGAUCAGCUGUAAAGGUAGCAGAAUGAGAACCUUUUAACAAUUAUUCUGUUUCGUCCUAAACUUUGCAAUUUUUGACAAUUCACGGUUUAGUUUAAUUUUUUUUUGUGUGUAAAUUUUGUUUUUGUUCUGGAACGUAAAUCUGUCAGUUUUUAGCUGCAACUAAUUAAACUGAUGGAUGUUUAUAACUGCCUUGACACUACGUUACUGUACAGAGCAUUUUACAGAAUGUAAUGUGUCCAUUUUCUGUGCAGUAUCAGUUGUGCAAUACUUUGAAGGUAUACAAUGUUUUGUGUGUGCAGAGCAGGCUCUGCUGGAGUCAUGUGCAGAGCUAUUGAUUUGCAGGUACUGGCAGUGCUGCAGGCCCUGAAUUAGUAUAUUUUAACGGCGGGGUUGAACUUAGAACAAUGUGCUCUUUCACAAGCAGGGAGAGUAUGGGAUAGGAAUGUAAUGUGCGAUUUCAUUAGCAGGCAAUGUGGGUUGCAGAAUUCGCAAAGACUCUCUUCAUUUGCUGCUCAGGAAAAAAAUAAUAGUGUUUUGCAUAAAUGUUUUCUAUUGUUAGUAAAGAAAAUGCCACAA